AUGGAUUCGUUAACCCCACCGGCCACUACUCCAGAGGAGCUAUCGAAUGGUUCGGUAUCGGUGCAAGAGGAUAAUGGGAAUCCUAAGAAUCAUAGGAGGAACCAUCGAGCAGGUACGAAAGAGAGAGCGAGGAGAGAGAGAAAGGUUGCUGGCGAGGGGAGUACAUGUGGUUCACCGAAUGGGACUGAGAUGUCUUUUUCGAUGGGGCCGAGGAAGAAAGGGAGGGCGGGGGUUAAGGUCCGGGAGAGGAGGGAAAGGAGGAGUGCUGGAAGUACUUUUGGGGAGGAAGAUGUGGGAGGAGAUUCGGUCUUGGACGAGUCUAUCUUGGAAGACUCGAUUUUGGAAGACUCCAUCUUAGAAGAAACCGAUCACAGUAUCCUAAGCACUGGACAAGACAAAAACGACCUCGCAAAAAACCAUAACGAACAACAAGAAGAGCCAGAAGACCCACCAUCCCUAACCUACGACUCCGACUCCUCACCCUCCGACCACGAAACCGAAAUAGAUGAGCCACACACCCUCACCCCAACUCUGUCAUCCCUCAACCUCAUCAACGACGAGAUAUCAGUCCGAACACGCGCAGAUACCGGUUCCUUCGAGGCAACGGUAGAAGCAGAGAUCCAGACCUUUACUCCAGAGGUCAUAAAACCGGAACUUGUUCAACCCGCACAACCACAACUCACACAAACUCUCCCUACCACACCAAAAAGUCAACUAGUAGACGAGCCGAAAUCAGCAGACAAACCACGCGUAAAGCACGAAGUAAAAUUACUAGGGCUGAAGCGUCCAGAGGUGCUAAAGGGAGGAGAGAUCAAACCGUUGGUUCCGCGAGUGAAACAUGAGGUGAAAUUACUGUCGUUGAUGGGGACGAAAAAAUUGAAGCAGGGGGAAAUUAUCUAG